AUGAUACAGACAUGCACAUGCAAUUAUGAAUACUUUGCCGACAAUGGUGUCUGUGUGAAAUACGCUCAAAAAGUCAACGACUCUUGUGAAUUAUCAUUCCUCGUUUGUAAAGGCGUUAAGAAUUCUUAUUGCUACGAAAAUAAAUGUCAAUGCCGUUGGGGAUACACAAAAGUCGACGACAAUAAGUGUUACCCGACCUUAAACGGUGCCUGUAAAUUUAACAGUAUUUCUCCAGAAGAAAAAUGUUACGGAGACAAUGUAAAAUGUUCGGUAGACAAUCAGUGCAUAUGUGAAGACGGAUAUGUUCAGCACAUGCGUGAAUGCUUGAAAAAAGCUGUAGGAGUCGAUAAAGGAGCCUGUGUAUUAGACAUUCAAUGUGCGCACCUACCAAAUUCUUAUUGUAAUUUGACAUGUCAGUGCAUUCCGACUUAUUCGCCUCAACUGAUUUCUGGUAGUAGGACCCAAUAUGAAUGUGUGAAGGCCUUUAAUGCUCCAUGCGGAGAAAAAAUUGGUUGCGGAUCUAAAAGUAUGGUGUGCCAAAAUAGUAGAUGCAAAUGCGCUGACUGGUACUACGAACACGGUGAUAUUUGCAAUCUUCAAACUUACAUCUUGAAUGAAUCCUGUUAUUAUCAUAAUGCUUGUGCGUAUCCAAAUUGGAUUUGUUACAAUAACCGUUGUCAGUGCGACUGGAAUUAUUUUGAGGAAGGUGGAAAAUGUGUUAAGGGUUUACAUGCCCCUUGUAUUUUGGAUGAUGAAUGUAAAAAAAAAAAUUCGGUUUGUAUUAAUGAAAAAUGUGCAUGCAAGGAAAAUUUCGUAGAGUACAUCGGCGAAUGUGAGAGUAGAACUUCGAUCGGAAAAUAA